AGUCUAUGCUGUUGAUCUGCAUUAGUCUUCAGGAUGUUGUGAAAUAUCAAAACCUCGUCUUUUUCUCUAUUUCAUAUCCAAUAUUCAUAUGUAUACAACCUCAAAAAAUUAUGUGUGGUGUGGUGUGUAGCCCAACGUAAUAAUAAAGAGCUAGUAUAAUUGAAAGGUAAUGACUGUCAAUAAUAUAUUAAAGUGCCUAGUACGCUUCGUCUAUGGCAGAUCCAGCUAACAAACCCGCUGCACCCAGCACAAGUCGCCGUAAACGUGUGCUGCCUCAGCAGCCACGGAUAGAGGCCAAGAAACCUCGUACUUUGUCUCAAGAAGGGACCUCUGAGUUACCACAACAACAAAGUAAACGAAAGGCGAAACACCCCAAAAAACACCAGAAAUCGAAACAGACGGACCAGACUGAACCCGAGCAAGCGUCGGCCGCAAGUUCACAAAACGAAUUACCAAGCACCUCAACUAGCAAAGACAAAAGGUACCCGAACAGGAAUACCAAUAAGUCAAAUUUGCAUCAUAAGCUGCACGGCACUCUGUCUGCAGAUAUCGGCGUAACUGAGUACCGAAAAAGCACAAGACAGAAUAGCUUGAACCUCAAGGUCAGCUAUAGUGGAAAUUCAAAUUUCGACCCCGACGUAGCUGGGCCAAGUAGAAUAGAACAAACAGCACCUCAACAGACUAAGAAACCGUGGAAGAGGUACUAUCGUAGCGUGUCACCGGUCGCAGGCAAUUCGCAGGCUGAAGGACCGGCCGAAACAGAGGCGACAGCCGUCGAUCAGACGAACAGGGAGCAUUCGACGAGGUCCAAAAGUAGCAAAAGGCCCAAAUACCACAGGAAGCAGCAUAAUCCUCGGCACCGUCCGCCGUCGUCGUCGGGAGCGGCAGCUAGCUCCGACCCGUCCGAAGCCAGCACUUCCGGCCAGAACCAGAGCGUUGCGUUCAAGGGCGAAAAUCCGCAUAGACCUCACGGUCGCGGUUCUACUGACAGUGGCCCGCCCGUGAGAGUUCAACCGAAGAGGAACCAGGGAGGUCAAAAGCACAAAGAACCGUCAGCGCUGGGGGCCAGCAGCAGCAGCCAGUCAGCUUCGAGGGAGGACCAGGAUCCGCCCCGCCUCACACGCAGUGGUCCUGUGCUGAGGCGAAGCACCAGGAAUUUCAAAGGGCAUCCGUCAACAACGGGUUCGUGUGCGAGUUCUAGCGGGGCUAGUGGUAGCGGCAGCAGCUCAAGAAGGGCAGCAAGACAACAAAAAGUAGGCACCUCUACGUCUGGUCAAGUAACGGCGCCAACGCUUCACACUGCCGCAGCCAUGGCCACUGAACAACCGGACGUUCCAACCAACAGUGCCAUACCUGGCGAAGAGCCCCCAUCUCCACAGGAUGGACCGCAAUCUGCGUCGGCUGGUAGUGGACCCUCUGGUUUGGGAUUGGGAAUAGAUUCGGAAAGCGAUGAAAAUGAGGUUGGAAGACUUCAAGCUCUUCUGGAAGCUAGAGGUCUACCGCCUCAUUUAUUUGGUGCCCUGGGGCCUAGGAUGCAACACAUUUUACAUAGGAGUAUGAGCAGCAACAGUUCUGUUGCUAAAGCUCAGGCUCUAUUACCCGGACUUCAAGCUAUUGGUGACGAAGGCCAACAACUUCAAGCAGUCAUCGAAAUGUGUCAAAUAUUAGUUAUGGGAAAUGAGGAGAUUCUGACGGGAUUCCCAGUGAAACACGUUGUUCCUGCCCUGAUACAUUUAUUGGGAAUGGAGCAUAACUUUGACAUUAUGAACCAUGCCUGUCGUGCUCUAACCUAUAUGAUGGAGGCUUUGCCAAGAUCAUCUGCUGUUGUGGUAGAUGCUGUCCCUGUAUUUCUGGAAAAACUUCAAGUUAUACAAUGCAUGGAUGUUGCCGAACAAUCUCUAACAGCAUUAGAUAUGUUGUCUAGAAGGCACUCCAAAGCAAUUCUUCAAGCUAGGGGCGUUUCAGCGUGCUUGAUGUACCUGGACUUCUUCUCGAUAAGCGCCCAACGCAACGCCCUGUCCAUCACGGCCAACUGCUGCCAGAACCUCACGAACGAGGAAUUCCAAUACGUGCAGGAUUCGCUCCCUCUGCUCGCCAGCAGACUGACGCAGCAGGACAAAAAGUGCGUGGAAAGUGUGUGCCUGGCCUUUUCCCGCCUUGUCGACAGCUUCCAACUGGAGCCCGCCAAGCUGCAGGAAAUCGCUAGCGCCGAACUGCUCACCAACCUUCAGCAGCUGCUCGUCGUCACGCCGCCCAUAAUCAGCACCGGUACCUUCAUCACCGUUCUGAGAAUGUUGUCGGUGAUGUGCGCCAACUGUCCGGACCUUGCCCUUACGCUGCUCAAGCAGAACAUCGCCGAGACGUUGGUGUACCUUUUGACCGGUUCUGUCGAGUUCAAUCAUGAUGAUAUCGAGCUGAUACCGAGACAACCUCAGGAACAGUUCGAAAUAACAGCUCUAAUUGGGGAACUGAUGCCCAAACUCCCAACAGACGGUAUAUUCGCAGUAGAUGCCCUUCUGGAGAAAGCGAGCACUCAGGUCAAGGAUCAGUUUGUGUGGCAGUGGAGAGACGAUCGUGGUCUGUGGAGGCCCUAUGGGGCAGUCGACAGCAGGAUUAUCGAAGCUGCACACAUGAACGGCGACGACGAAGUCAGUCUGAAUACGUUGGGAAGGAUAUACACGAUCGAUUUCCAUUCGAUGUCGCAAAUAAACGAAGAUACGGGAACCUCGAGGCCAGUACAGAGACGUUUCACCCCGGCCGCAACUCAAGCAACGCCGCCGGCCGAACCCCAGCCCGUGAACCAAAGACCCGCGUCCGCAAGCAGAGACGCGAGGUUGGCCUGUUUGCGGGAAGAACGCGGGCUCGCGGCCGCGUUUAUACGAUCGCUGUUCAGCGUUCUAUACGAAGUGUACUCGUCCAGUGCAGGACCCGCCGUGAGGUGCAAGUGCCUCAAGGCACUACUGAGGAUGGUGUAUUACGCUAGCGCCGAUCUUUUGCGGGAAGUGCUGAAGAAUCAGGUGGUGAGCAGCCAUAUAGCCGGUAUGAUGGCUUCUUCCGAUCUCAGGAUCGUGGUGGGGGCCUUGCAGAUGGCCGAGAUUCUGAUGAACAAGUUACCCGAAGAAUUCGGCGUGCAUUUCCGAAGGGAAGGGGUGAUUUAUCAGAUCAAUAGACUGGCUGACCCAGAGGUUCCACUUGGUGUGAGUCCACCAAAAGCAUGUUCUAGCUCAUCUUCAAUCUCCCAGAACAUAAUCGAUAGCCAACCAGGACCAUCUCAAACGCCAAGCGGAGCAAGUCUGAAUGGUUCAUCUUCGAGCACACCACUUGUUGCAACACCUAUAUCCUCGAAUCAUUAUUCUACUCCUGUGGAUAGUCAGAGAGCAUCUGAUGUGGAGGUUCAAUCGCAGAGUCCGAGCCAUUCGAUGCGGCUCACGGACGUCCUGAAGAGAAAAAGAGUGAAGAGGGGUCUUCCUAGCCGUGCCAAAACGAAACAGGAUGAAGUACCUAUACCUCCGAACAUUGUUCAAGAUAUAUUUACCAAGAACCCGGUCCGUAGUGGUCCGACGACGACAACGCCUAGUAACUCGAGUAGUAGACCUCCUAGGUAUUCCGGUUCGGCGACCAGAAACAGUUUCUUACAGAGCUUGAACCCUGCCCGUUGGGGCAGAAGUGUCAAUUCUGUGCAUGAGAGGAACUUCAGCAAAGAUUCCACCAACCUGUCCAAAUCAGUAUCUAAUUCGAAUAUAACAGCCGGCAACAAAGAGAAAACAAGGUCUUGGAUUCGAGAUCAGGCCACCAAGUUCAUCGAUACCUACUCCGGCAGCGAGGAUGAUCAGCACCCGGCCACCACCGUGUUGACCCGUCUGAAGCACGCCAUAGAGAAACUGCCGACAAUCAAGUGCCGCGAGGCGCUUGAGGAACUCAGGGACAUUCUGAUGGAGUCGGACAUAUCGCCCUUCGAGGUGAACUACUCCGGUCUCAUUAAGGCCCUGCUCAGCUACAUUGCCGACCCCUACGGCCCGAUCGAUCGCGACCAGAGGCUCAGGGUUCUGCUGAACGUUUUUUCGAAUUGUCCGUUGGACGCGACCGCCGUGGAACUGAGCGACCUGAACUCGGGCUGGAUGAGCGCCCUCGUCGCCAAACUGAACGGUUGCGUUUCGCAGUUGGAACAAUUUCCGGUUAAAGUACACGAUUUGCCCGCGUCGACGGGUAACGGGAGGGGUGGUACUAGUGCUUUGAAGUUCUUCAACACGCAUCAACUGAAGUGCAACCUGCAACGCCACCCAGACUGCACCAAUCUGAAGCAGUGGAAAGGCGGCACCGUCAAGAUCGACCCCCUUGCUCUUGUCCAGGCCAUCGAGAGGUACCUGGUUGUCCGGGGUUACGGAAGGCUAAGGGAUAAGGAUAGCGGGGACAGCGACGACGCCGAUUCCGACGACGACAUCGACGAUACGCUGGCGGCCGUCGUCAUAUCGCAGACCGGCACCAGACACAAGUUACAGUUCCUGAUCGGGAACAACGUGUUGCCUUAUAACAUGACGGUCUACCAGGCCGUCCGUCAAUUUAGUAAUAACGGAAACGAUCAAUCUGAGACUGAUACGGAUAACGAGACCCCGUUGGGCAACGCUGCCAUCUGGGUGCAGACACAUGUGAUAUAUUACAGGCCGCUGAAGGAGGAACAUUCGUCCGGCAGGACCAGCGGUGCCGGAGGAUCGUCCGCCCACACGAGCAGGAAGGGUAAAGGAUCGUCCAACAAGAGCACGUCCAGGAGGAAGGUGGACGAUUUCUGGAACGAAGGUAUCGCCCCCGCCAUACAAUCUCCCUUGACGCCUUACCUGAGGACUCAGCUACCCGAGACCGUAACGAUACAGGACGCGUCGCUGGAAGUCCUGUGCCUGCUACGCAUAUUGCACGGUCUGAACAUCUACUGGAACAGCCUGUACCCGUUGUUGGAAUACCGGCCGAUCCUGCCUCCCUCCGAUUUCCUCAACAGCAAGAUAGCGGCCAAGGCGAGCAGACAACUACAGGAUCCACUUGUGAUAAUGACGGGCAAUCUGCCCAACUGGCUCCAGCAGAUCGCGACAGUGUGCCCGUUCUUGUUUCCGUUCGAAACCCGGCAGUUGCUGUUCUACGCCACGUCGUUCGACCGUGAUCGAGCUCUGCAGAGACUGCUCGAUAUGUCCCCGGAAUUGAGCUCGUCAGAUUCCCAGGAAAGGGUCACGCCGCGUUUAGACAGGAGGAAGAGGACCAUCGCCAGGGAGGACAUACUGAAACAGGCCGAACAGGUUAUGCAAGAUAUGGCCUCUUCCAAGGCCCUCCUGGAAAUCCAGUACGAAAACGAGGUAGGAACUGGUCUCGGCCCUACGUUGGAAUUCUACGCUCUAGUAUCCAAAGAAUUGCAAAGAACCAAUUUAGAAUUGUGGAACGCUCCCGGUACAGACGAAAAGGAGUACGUUCAUAAUCAGGACGGCCUUUUUCCCGCCCCCAUUGCCAAGAGCGCGAAGGUCGGCCAUGUAACCAAACUCAGGACCAAGUUUAGGUUUAUGGGAAAAUUCAUGGCGAAAGCCGUUAUGGAUUCUAGAAUGCUGGAUUUGCCCUUCUCCAUAAGUUUCUAUCGAUGGUUGUUGGGACAAGAGAACAGCUUAUCGUUGUCGGAUCUGAGAUAUGUGGCACCAGAAGUUCACCGAACGUUGCAGAAGAUGCAGUUGCUCGUCAGACAGAGGGACAUCAUCGUGGAGAACAAGAAUUUGUCGCAAGAAGAAAUAGAAACGGAAUUGGAGAAAAUCACUUUUGAUGGUUGCCCCAUUGCUGAUCUCGGUUUGGACUUCAUGCUACCAGGUCACAAUUUAGAACUGAUGAAAAACGGAAAAAACAUCCACCUUACAAUACACAACCUGCAUCAGUAUAUAAACCUUGUCACCCACUGGACGCUGGUUGAAGGUGUAUCUAGACAGAUGGAAUCGUUAAGAGAAGGAUUUGAGACUGUAUUUCCAUUGCAAAACUUAAGACUGUUUUUCCCCGACGAAUUAGAGAGUGUCUUUUGUGGAAGUCCCAAAGACACGCUUAGCGGAUGGGAUGUGAAAACGCUGAUGGAGUGUUGCAGGCCAGAUCAUGGCUACAAUGCCGACUCUAGAGCCAUAAGGUUUCUGUUUGAAGUGCUAAGUUCCUACGACAGAGAGGAGCAACGCUUAUUCGUUCAGUUCCUUACAGGAAGUCCCCGUUUGCCAGUUGGAGGUUUCAAGUCGCUUUCCCCGCCAUUAACUGUGGUGCGCAAAACACUGGAGCCCAACAUGAAUCCUGACGAUUUCCUACCAUCUGUGAUGACCUGUGUGAACUACCUCAAGUUACCUGAUUAUUCAAGUAUCGAAGUGAUGCGUGAAAAACUGAAAUUGGCUGCUUCGGAAGGACAGCACUCAUUUCAUUUGUCAUAAACAUUUAUAUGAAAUCGAAAGAUAGACAAAGGUGUGAAUAAAAGUGUUAUUUAUUAUCAGUACCAAUGGUUGUCAACCAUCUGAUUUAUUGUGAAUGGUCAUGUCUCGAGUGAAAACUGGUGAGAUUUUAUCGAAUCGAUAAGUGAUGUUCAUUGUUGGAGACAUUAUAUUCCUACCAAAUUUGUGAUAGAAUUUCUUCAGUUCAUCACUGUGGAUCAGAUACAUUUAUGCAUAGAGGAUUUUACUGUAGCCCCCGUAAAUAAUGGUGUCUUCAAAGAUUCUUUUUAUUCGGAAAACUGAAAUUUUAUGUUUAUUUUGAUAUGAUGAUGAUAUGGGCACUAUAAAAGUUUGUGAUUUAAACUUCAACAUAAUGAAAAGUUAAAAUGCCUAAAUUUAAUCUUUAAUAUUACCUAUACACUAAAUAUUUAAAAAAUAAGAGUGAAAAUUGAUUUAUACGUGGGCGAAGGAAUAGUAGGAGAUUCUAAGUGAAAAAGUGAUAUACUUCAAUACUGACUGAUAAGUGCAAUGGACACAAAUGGUUUUUUCAAAGAGUGUCGUGCAACGAACUGUUCAAUUUAUUCAGACUUGAGCCAAAUCUGCGAAGCACCACGUCGUGUCCGACCAAUUUGGAAAACAGCCAUAUUAUAUUUCAUUUUCAGAAUGUAGGUUUCUUCCAAAAAUAUGUUUCAAUAAAUUUGUAUACAUAA